AGAGCACUGGAUCAAGAAAGGCACAAAGUUCUGGAAAUUGAUUCAAAAGGGAAUCUUUAUCUUUACCGGUCAGCUUUGCUUUGCAAGAAUGAAAUAAUCAAAAGGUUAACUGAAGACAACUUCAAACUGGUUGAUCCGAGCACUAUUGGUAAAGUACAGAGUUUUACAUUUUAAAGCCAAAACAGCGGAGUUACUUCCCUCGCUCUUCUUACAACCCUCUUUACUCCCUUCCUCUAAACAAUAGGGCCAUUUAUACGAGGAAAAAUAAGACGUGUCUUACAUAAGACGCGUCUUAAAUAAGACGCAAACUGUACCAUUUAUACGAGCAUGUCUUAUCUAAUAAGACGCGUCUUAGCUAAGCCGCGUCUUAUUUUAGACGAAAUGUGCCGUUUAUACGGAAAGUUCGCGUCUUAUGUAAGACGCGUCUUAUUUUUCCCCGUAUAAAUGGCCCUAUUGUUCACUUACCCCUCUCUUAGACAUGCCACGAGAUAAAAACAGAGGAAUGCCCACAGGUUUAUGAACGAUUUGUUUUAGGGAAUUAAGCGUUAAUACAAUAUCCUCCAGCGUACGUUGGCCGCGAGAUUGGCCAUAUAAUCAAAAGUCGAUUUAGAGGUACUAAAGUGAAGAUUCAAACUUAAAAAGUCCAAUUUCGCAAAUUUUUAAGUGAGAUGUCAAGAUGAAAAUUUAGUUGAGUGUUUUGGAAUUCACAGAGUUUUCAAAAUCUCACUUCUCACUAUUUUGGUUAGAAAAAUCUUUUCCCCAGCCUCUCGUCUUUACAACUCGUUAUCUGAUCACAAUAUUCGGGUUUCACAGGGCAGUCCAAAGCAUUACCUGUGUUAAACUGUUGGGAUCUUAAACUAAAAGUACCCUCGGCUGCCUCAGGAGUCUACUGGAUUGAUCCGGAUGGUGGUUCCCAUGGAAACGCUUUCCAGGCCUACUGCGACCAACAGACCGAUGGAGGGGGCUGGACACUAGUUUGGAGUUAUACCUUCACGGAUUACAAAAAUUUUAACAGUGGCUCAAACGCAGUCGCCCCUCGUCCCACCUGGACAGCCAGUGGUGCUAAUACUCGGGUAUCCACAACAGUUCCACUAAGCGAGACCCACUAUGAAGCCAUGGACUUUACUUUGUGGCGCACCAUUGGUAACCAGACUCUGAUUAAAAGUAACAUCAACAACUGGAUCGUUUGUAAGGAGGGCAGUGGUAGCAUAGUGAGACAGAAGGCCGGGUCACUCAGCUGUAAACUGGUUAAACAGGUUUCACAGCAAUGUGCUGGGGUUGUACCAACAUCCUUUGUGUUAGGCGGUUACGGACCUUACCUGUCCAGUACCAGUCUGUACUACUAUUUUGACGGUCAUACAAGCGGUAAUUUUCCCACACAUGAUCCAUGUGGUACAAACAAAGCAAAUCAGUUAUCAGGUGUAGCUAAUCCACAUGGUAAUAUCUUUAUUCGUUAA